AUGGAGCUCUGGGUGGAAGGCCUAGCGGACGUCGAAUAUGGCGUCCGCACAGUCGAGGCCAUCCGCCCACAGCUCCCGGAGUGGUGCGGAAGGGGCCACGGGUCCCUCACCUUCCGACUCACGCAGGUGCUGUCCGGACACGGUUGUUUCGGACAGUAUCUGCGUCGGAUCGGAAGGGAGGAGACGGCGUCGUGCCAUGGGUGCGGCGAUGAAGAAGAUACGGCGCAGCACACACUAGAAGUGUGCUGCGCCUGGACAGAAGAACGCCGCACCCUGGUGGCGACGAUAGGCGAGGACCUCUCACUUCCUGGCGUUAUACGCGCCAUGUUAGGAAGUGAGAGGUCCUGGGACGCCGUUGCCUCCUUCUGCGAAGAGGUGAUUUCGCAGAAGGAGGCACAGGAGCGGGAGCGCGAGAACGACCGUCUGGCGCCCCCGCUCCGACGCCGUAGAGGGGGCAGAAGGAGGCGGCAAUUCGCCGCCGCCCUUCCCCCCACAAACAUGUGA